AUGUGUACAGUGCCAAAUUGUAACGGUCGUUUACGUUGUACAACGGUUUCAUUUAGUCAACCGAUGCCUGAUAUUUGUUUAGAUAAAGCCACGAAUGAAUCGCAACUAUGUGAUUUAAGUUUAUAUAUGAGAACAUCUAUGCAAGUUUCACCUGCAUGUGAACUUCUAUCUAUGAAUUUACAAUCGGGACAAAAAAUGGUUAUUAUUAAUUUGACUAUUUCACCCUAUAUUGAUUUGAAAUUAUGGUCAGAUGAACAAUGGUUAGCUGAUUUUGAACAGAACUGGGCUUUUCGGUCACUAUAG